AUGAGAUGAGAUGAGACUAGAAUCCCUCAGUUUAAACAAGUACUUCUUUUUUCAGCAAGUAAGCCACCUUCCCCUCAAUUUGUCUUCUGAGAGGGAAAAUAUCUGUUUCUUAAUGUAAUAGACAUUUUUAUUUAUAACAUAAUGCUUGAAGGACAGCGCAGUGUGCAGCAGGUCGCAUCACCACCUUACAGAUCAGGGAUCCUGGGUUCAAUUCUGUGCUCGGAUUACUGUCUAAUGUGUGGAGUUUCUCCCCAUGGUCAUGUGCGUUUCCUCCCUCUGUCCAAAAAACAUGCAGGUAUGUCGAGUGGCUGUGAUAAAGUACUGCUCGGUAGGUAUGUGCAUGCAGGAACUGAUGUCCUAUCCAAGAUGAAUUUUCUCUUUCUCCUUGGACACUGUUCCUCGGAUGGACUCUGGACCUGUCAUGACCCAGACCAGGAUGGAACAGUUGCUGAAGAUGAAUUAAUAUACCUCGAAGAGAAAGUGAGGAGACUCCACAGGGACGAUGAUUUGCACUGAACAAGACCCGCAUCUGACCGCAGCGAAGAAGACGCGAUCCCUGCGUCCGUACAGCCAUCCGUCCCCGUCUCUGUGCUGCGCCUGUGGACUUUGCAUCAUGUUGGCUGGGAUCAACAUCACUCUUGUGGGUGCUUUCGGCUUUGCCAAGUUGCUGCCCGCAAAUAACCCACCCAUCAUCAUUGGGCCCCUCCUCCUGCUGGUGGCGCUGUCAUUUUUUGGAGUGUGUUGCAUGUUUAGUCGCCAGCCUUCCGCCUCCUCUUCUCAUGCCAAUGGAAGACCAGACCACUGGGGCUUAAUGAGGAUGGGUGGAGCUGCCUUUGAAAUGGAGACCAGUGAGCCCACGCUGCAGGACACCACAGCCAUUCAGCUCAGCCCGACUAACACUCUAUGCUCCUCCCACCAUUCUAGUUCCACUCACCUACCUGCUGUCAUGCUCCACCCGUUAGAGAUUGGUAACCUUCCAAAUGGAAGUCAUUCAUCUUGUCAGUUGUCACCAAGAGAAGAUAUGAUUCUGCUUAGCUCAUAUGAGAUACAAAACCUUGGCUCAUCUACGCGAUACUGAAUCAUCUGGUCUGCAAGAAGCAACACUUCCUGCACCAUCCUUUGAAAGUCUUGACAGCUUAACACGAUACAAUCAAUGCUCUACACACAAAGACCUGCUUCCACUUGGCAUGUCAGAUCAGUCUCACUGUGGACAUUACUGUAAAGACAGAAGCUCAUCCGUCCAUCUGACACUGUGGAAAGGAAAACAAGACUUCUACCUCAUCCUGAUGAUUCUCAAUAAAAACAAGUGUUUUUAUUGAGACGUGCCAAAUGAUCAUCUCGUUUCACUUGUUUUAAUGAAGGCCUUAUCAGUGUUGAAUCCCAAACCAAAACGAUGCAAUAUUCAAAUGAGUUAUCCAAAAUGAUGAAAAUUGAAGAGACAACAAUCCAAAGUAUGACACAAAAUCAACAGAACAGUUUGAAAAACAUUUUGCUACGACCAUCUCUGU